AUGACAACUCUCGGCGAAAUGAAAGACAAAACCGUCGACGAUUUUUUUCUAACACACUCACUCUUCCAACCUUUCGGUCUCGUGGCUCUCUAUCUCGUUUUCGUUACGAAACUUGGACCAACUUUGAUGAAAAACAGGGAACCAAUGAAACUCAACCAUGUUAUUUUUGUCUACAAUUUGAUUCAGAUUUUUAGCAACGGUUACCUUGCUGUGAUGUUUUGGUUGAACUUAAAAAAUGUCAGUUUACUGUGUACCAAUUCCGACUCACCAACUUCUGUGGAAUCUAUGUCCCUUCUAACAGUGCAGCACAGAUAUGUGUUGCUCAAACUGGUGGAUUUAGUGGAAACGAUUGUUUUCGUUUUGCGCAAAAAGAACAAUCAAGUUUCGUUUCUGCACGUGUUUCACCACGGGGGAUUAGUUUUGGUGUCUUGGAUAAGUUUGAAUUAUGCUCCCGGAGGUCCACAUGUUUUGAGUGGUUAUAUAAAUUGUUGUGUACAUGUAGUCAUGUAUCUUUAUUAUUUGCUGAGUACGUGGAUGGAGCGAAAACAGCUGUGGUGGAAAAAAUAUAUCACAAUACUACAAGUGGGUGGCAACUGUAUGCUACUUGUGAAUUAUGUCGUACAUCUGCUGAAUCCGUACUGUUCUUUCCCUAAAUGGAAUUCACUGAUGCUUGUAUUGUAUAUUUUGGUGGUACUAUAUUUGUUUGCUAAAUUUUACAAAGAAAGUUAUGUAAAGAAACAAGUGAAGCUGCAGUAA